UUCAGUUGUCUGCUGACAGCUUUACAACAGCUAUCAUGCAACUUACACAUCUGGAAGCUGCAGUCACACUUGGGAUUGUUAUUUCUCAGAUAUCGGGCAUCAGCAUUUCAUCUCCACCUUCUGACUGUUUGGCUACUGAGGACACAUGCAUGUCAAAUCUAUGCACGCGGAGUAAAGAAGCAUUUUAUGGAGGCGUCUGUGAGGAUGAAGGGUGCCAAAUAAAAGGCUCACAGGUCUGUAACUUGACCAUCCACAAUGUACUGGACCAAUUUCCCUCUCUGCGUGGGUGUGUGUGUGCCUGGGAGGAGGAGCUCUGUGGCUCUAUACAAGUGCUGGCCACACAAUGCCACCAAAAGCCAGGGGCUCAGCAGAGGAGGAGCACGAUAAUGGACUGGCAGUCAAGCAGUUUGUUAGACUAUGUACACGAUAGUGCUGCAUCCUGCUGGGACCAAGUGAUUGUUUGUAUUGAUGAUGCAGUGUGCAACAGGUACCUAGCCCCUGUUCUCAAGGCAUGCAUGGAGCAGUGUGACCACGACCACUGUCAGCACUUGACCCAGCAGUUCUAUGGCAGCAUGCCGCACAAUGUUGCAGAGAUGCUGGUCAUGUGCGAGUGUGAGGCUUCAGAUCAGAUCUGUCAAUCUACCAAAACUGCCCUGCACAGCGGCACAUGCAGAGAAGAGACCUGGUUCUGCCAGGAUACAGUUAACCAGUGUGUUGAGGACAUUUCCUGCAGAGACUUAUUGGAAACUUUCCGAGCCAAGUGCUGGAGCCCUGAAGAAGCACAAUGCAGCGACAGUGACCUCCAAAAGGAUGAAUGCAUCACCCAGAUGGAUCCAGCUCUCAUGCUUGGUGCAGAUAAUGAAUGUAAAAUUGCCUUCCUAGCCACUCUGGGCACACCACUCCACUAUCCUUGUACAUGUGAGGGAAUGCACAGAGAUGAUCUUCUGACAUGCAACAGGAUUUAUGAUGUGCUUCAUAACAGAUCACACUUCAAGACAUCUUGGAAAAGCAGCAGUGAUCCCUCGAAACCUCCUGAACUCGAUGAAUCUGAGAAAGGUUACACAUGGUCACACGAUUAUCUGCUGUAUGCUUUUGCAACAGUGCUGCUUGUCGGAGUUGUUAUAUUAAUGCCUGUGGCUGUUGUCAGUAAAAUAUGGAUGCUGAGAGGAAGAGACAAGACGAAAUAUUACCAAGAGCAGAAAAGCAAUGGUGUUGUUACUCUGAUUCUCUGAUGUUUAUUCAUCUGUUAAAUGUACAUAGCUGAAAGUAAUUAAUUUACACUUUGUUGUUGUUGUUUUAGAUGUUGCAUAGAUAUUUGUUUUUCACAGUGUUGAUAGUAAUAUACAUGUUUAACAAAAAAAAACCAUAUUUAUUUCAUACUUGUACCUUGGUCUUUGUAACAGAUUACAGUGUUGCUAUAAGAGUAACCAGUCUGAAUGCUAGUGCUUCAUUAAAGACAAUGUAUUUAGGGGUUGAUUAAAACCUUUAUUCUUACAGUUAUAAAUGUUUCACAUGUAAAAUGCUUUUUUGGCAGUUUUUUUAAGAUGGAUGAUUAUACAUGAACUCAGGUUUUCUUGCUGAAUUACAAAAGAAACAGUCCUUUAGCUAUAAAUGAUCGAUCUUCAGAAUCUUCGAGUACUGUAUAUAAAGUUCAACUACACAUCUCCACUUCCUCCUACUGUACAAAAAUGAAGUCAAAAUAUCCUGGAUACAUGCACUCCCAUCUUGGGCUGGUCAUUUGGAGCCAGAGUCUGUGCUGUAGCACUUGGGAGGGGAAGCCAUGGUAUCCCAUCAUGGAUGCAUGAUUAGAUUUGGAUACUUUGAGCCUUUUCUGUCUAAUGAGAAUCAUUCGCCUGGUGCAUUUGACAAAAAUUUUCGAGCUUCCAGGUUUACUUCCAUGCAGUAGUAUUAAUAAAUAAUAGUGUAUUAGUAGUAUUAUUAUUAUCAAAAAUUCGUAAUAGAAAUAGUCAUAAUUGACCUUGUUUGUAGUUUGAGGUGUCCUGUCAACAGUUUGGGAGUGGAGGGUGUAUCUGCAGACCUGGAGACCGCAGAUUCAGACCUGCAGAUCUGGACCCGCAGUUCUAGACCCCUUGUAUUUCGCGACAGCGCCCUCUAUUUCAUUGGAAGCCAACAUACUAUUACAACUAUUGAAUAUGGCCGACGACGAUCCGAGUGUGAGUAUUGAAUGUGAAUCACAUUAUUUGUUUAAUGCCAUCAAACUAUUUGGUUGACUUGAAUUAGAGAGCGAAUUUCAUGUUUUACAGUGAUACGUUUAAAAUGAUAUGACUGUCUUGACCACGAUAGUCUGAAAGGCACGUCAAAUAUGGGUUAAAGUAGUAGGUAAUAGUUUAGCUUGUUAGCAAUGAACUGUUUGACCUGCACAUUUUGUUUCAUGAAACCGAAGCGCGAUGACGAAUAAUUUUAGCAUGUGCUUUAAAUUAAACAUGAAUAAAUGAUUAAAGCAAUGAAGUGGAUGAUAUGAGAAAAACAUCUAUAGGCUUACGUUUUCAUACAAGCAUGAAACUGUUUACAUAUUGGCAAUUAGUAUACUUUAUGCUAAAAGUUAAUUUUGUAUUCAUGUAUAUCAUGUAAUACACCUACACACAUUUUUCCUUUAUUAUUCUUAAUAUUAUAUAUCACGUGUGCUUAUAUCACUACACUGAUAUUACUCUAUACCAUAUAUUUAGAGAUUUUGUGGAUAGAAAUUAAGCUCAUCCAGCGCAGAUGAUCAGAAAUGUAUUUUUGUCUAUUAUUAGGUUUUGGCCUUGUUUAUGUGUGUAAAACGGUUGAAAAAUCUUAACUUUGAAUAAUUAGGGACUCUCUUUAUAAGGUGCACAUAACAAUCCAGAAAGGGGAAACCACAGUGAAGUGGAGGAGUUUUGUGGAGGAUCGAAAGGCAGAUGAGGAAGGAAGGGGCACUAUUAUUAAUAUGUCGAUAUAAUAAUGUAUUUGCUAUGCUCCAGAAUCUUCAGUAUUUCAGUGUAGACUGUGAUAGGUAUUUAAUUUUUUUAAGAGUUUCUGUUUUCAAUUUUGUGAUAUGUUUGAUUUCUUUUUUUUCUCUGCAGAUCUCCCUGAUGUGUGAUGUAACCACUGCACACAAUAAAACAUUUCAAACCAUUUCAGUAUUUAACAGCCUUUGUUUCAAAUUCCCACAACAAAAGUGAGCACUGGACACCCAAGACCAGACAUUUCCUAUUAUAUGUUGUAGCAGGUUUGAUCAAUGCAGUGCAAGUUUUUGGCGUGCUAGUCAGAGCAGUCUGAUGAAUAUUAAGAAAUAAAGAACUAAAAUAGUUGGAUCAAGCCAUACAGAACAACCAGCAAACAAUAAUGAUGCAGAACAGCACCCAGGCAUAAAUCAACAAUUAAAUCUUGGUAUUUUUAUUCAGGUGUAAUAAAAUUUUAAAACUGUAAAUUGUAGUAAAGCAUUAAAAGUCCAACUUCUUUCAAACAGUGGUGUUUGAGAUGCUGAUUUAGUUGCAAUUAUACAGCCGUCCAGUAGGGGACGAAAAACAAGGGGUCUAGAACUGCGGGUCCAGAACUGCGGGUCUGAAUCUGCAGUCUCCAGGUCUGCAGAGACAUACUAUUGGUUUGGGAGACAUCUCACCUGCAAUUCCACCAGUGGCCACUAGAAAAAAUUGGAAGCAAGGCUGAGAGGCAGCACCAUAUUCAGUUCUCUUAUACAGUAUUGAUUCCCAACCAUACACCUUUCUGUCCCAUUGGCGGGCAGUACCAUUGAUUGCAAGAAUACCGAAUGACACACAGCUGGCUAUCAUGACAUCACACCCCCUUUUUAUAGUAUCAAAUAACUAAUUAAAACUAGAACAUAUCAGAGAAACACUUGAACAAACAUCAGCCUGAUGGGAACUACUGAGAAUGACAGAAACCAUCUUUUUUUGACCACUUUGAGAUUUUAGUUUGGCUCCCAUCCACUAGCAUGGAGGGCUGGGGGGGUUAUGACCUACUGUAACCAGCUAGUUUUAGCUUCACUUUUGGAGAGCUGUCAUGCCGUCCAUCUUGGUGCACAUUCGAGAUUCCUUUAUUUCAUUGGUUGAUUGUGAUGAUUCAUUGGUGCUC